UAAAUAUAUGUAACAGUAACAUUAUAACUGUUAUAUAUAACUAUUAUGGAUUAUUCCAGUUACACAAACAGCUGUACGUCAGAAGAGCGCAUGCGCUUUGCAGUCAUCCCAGAAUGACGAGCACAGGGCACAAGAUUCGCCAGAGAUGAAGACUCCUCCCGGCAGGUCAGGAAUCACUUUUGAGGUUGGCGCACAGCUGGAGGCCAGAGACCGCCACCAGAACUGGUACCAGGCAACGAUUGAAAAAGUUGACAGGGACAAAGAGCGUGUUCUGAUCCACUAUCGUCAGUGGAGCCGUCGACACAAUGAAUGGUUUAGCUGGAACUCUCCAUAUCUCCGGCCACUGGAGCGAGUCAGUCUGAGGAGGCAGGGACUAAAUCCACAACAGUUACGACCGAUGUUUGUUUCAGGCACAAAGGUUCUGGCCUGUUGGACAGACUGUCGUUUCUACCCAGCCAAAGUCCUCAGAGUCAACAAGGAUGGCUCAUACACAGUGCGUUUUUUUGAUGGUGUGGUUCGUACUGUGAAGCCCACCAAGGUCAAACCAUUCCAGAAACAGAAGUCCAGAUCUGAGAAGAGUGCUGUAGGAAGCGAGGGAUGGGAGGAAGGAGAAAGCGAGGAGGAGGAGGGUGGCGGGGAACGGGAGAAGGAAGAUAAAGAUGACAGGGAAGAGGUGACAGAGGAAAAGGCAACAUUACAGGAGAAGGAAGGAAGUGAUGAGGAGGUGAGGAAGAGGAAGGCAGAAACGUCAUCAUCUCACACAGCAUCGAAGAAGAAAAUGGAAGAUAGUAUUCAAAUUCAGCCAGUCACAGCCCACUCUGCUCGGUCACCUUCUAACCCUGUGCACAUUGACAGAGAUGUCCUGUUGGAGCGCCAGGCUCACCUGCCCACCACACACAAGUUCAGUAGAGAACCAUUGUACAGGGUGAUAAAGAACCAGCCUCCUCCCAUCCUCUCCAUUGAGCUGGAUCACAACCCAUUCAAGUGUCCUGCACCAGGAUGUACCAAGUCGUUCAGGAAGUCCAUUCUGCUGCACUACCACGUCAAGUACUACCACUCUGACCAGCAGCUGGACGAGCAAGGCAGCGAGCACGAAGCACAGAGUAGGAGGAAGCGGUCGUCUUCAGAGGGGGGCAUCUGCAUGUUCAACAGGAAGAAUGAGAACCAGAACAGCGCCUGUCACCGAGAAGACAGAGAGCACAGCCCCAUAGGGACAGCAGAACCAAACAAAGACAGAGAGAGCAAGAAAAUGGGAGGAUAUGACAGAAAGGAAAGGAAGAACUUUUUGAGAGUAAAACUAAAGAAGAAGAAAAAGAAGAAAAGGAAGAGAAGUCAUUCAGGACUCUGCAGUAGCGAUGAUGAGAACUCUGACAGACCUGCAAUCACUCUGAAGCUGUCUUCUAGGCAUGGCAGCACAGGUACACAAGCAGUUGACGAUGGCAGUGACUGGUCGACGCUUACAGCCGAGAGUGGGGAGGACUGUUGGCCUGUUGCAAUGGAGCUGGAGGACUGUGAGGUGGUGAGGUGUGUGUGUGAAGUGGACGAGGAGAACGACUUCAUGAUCCAGUGUGAGUCGUGUCUGUGUUGGCAGCAUGGCACCUGUAUGGGAUUAUACGAAGGCAGCGUGCCACACAACUAUGUCUGCUUCUACUGUGGAAACACUGCAGGAUGGAGGCGUCCCCAGUGUUUUCGCUCAGAGCCCGAUUUGCUGAUAUCUGGUCACAUGUUUGGCCUGUCGUGUGUGAAGGAGAACUACUCGGAGAUCAAUGCCUCGAAGAUCUUGCUCACCAACCGUCUGCUGACGCACACACGCAGCUUCAGUCAGAUGCUCGCUGGGCUGAAGCUCAAAAUCAGCUUGUUAGACUCUCCAGCCCAUCCUGACCUGCAGCUGUGGAGGUUGCCAUGGGGACAAGUAGAGGGGCUUAGACUGGCAUCCAGCCCAAGGGAAGAACCUCCUGCCUGCUACAUCAGCAGUGAGCACUGCUACCAAAAGCCUGGAGCAUCAUGGGAGAAAGAGGGGAGAGGGCAAACAGCUGCAGUGAAGCAGGAACAGGACACAGAGCAAAAGGAAAUAAAGGCGGAAAAUGACAACAACCCAGUGACUGAUACCACAACAGACAACAGUGGAAGCACUGUGGUGAAACUAGAUGAACACACAGACACAAGCAUAAAGAUAGAGGAACACACGCCUGAACCCCAUCUAGCAUCUGUGGUUGAGUGUGAGUUGAACCUGCUGGAGCACAUUGAGUCUAUGCACAGCCAGAUCAGCGCCGGGAUGGACCUGAUUGAGCGGGAGCUGGACGAGCUGGAGUCCUGGUUGGACCACUCGGGUGAGCUCCAGCCUCCAGACCCUCUUUCGCGUCUCCCACAGCUCAAACAGAGAAUCAAGCGGCUGUUGUGCGACCUGUGCACCGUGAGACGGCUGUCUGUCUGCCACUGACAAGUGUUCCUCCUUAUUCAUUAACUGUUGACAUUAGUCUACGAGUCGGUGCUCACAGAACUGGCUGACCGGAACUAGCACAUGACUAAACAUACUGGUCAAACAGGAAACGCAGAGUGUAGCUCGGUGUAAAGAGAUGUUGUGGUCGCAACACAAUGACGCCUGAUGGAGAGACGAGCCACUGCAGCUUUACGCCUUGAGGUUUAAUUUCACAAAGGUACGAGAACAUUUCCCGGACAGCAGGACUCUGCUUUGUUCACUUAAGCCUGGACAGUGGACUGAGGGAGGACACUAAUGUGUGCUUGAGCAGUGUGUGAUGUGUUAACACCCCAGAAGCACCUGCAGGGUUUCACAAGGUUUGUGGUGAAAGGAUUCCUUUGCUACUAUGCUAUUUCUCACAUCAGAGUUUUAAAUGGACCUUAAUUAACUAACUAACUAAGGUUUAACUCGAUGUCAGACAUGUACAGACAGUAGAUUGACUGCUUGCUUCUGUCAGGAAUCUGCAUUUACAGUUUUUUAAUGCAGCUGUCAGAUUCAUU